CUCAGUUACAGGCCACCUGAUUGGGCAAGCCACCUUAAAAUGAUUCCAUUAGUGAAAGUUAAGGUACGGAAACUGGAGUUCUUACUAGGUGAAGCCUUAGCAACUGGUUGCCAAGCAGUGAUAACAUGUGGUGGAGUUCAGUCAAACCAUUGUCGCACAACAGCAGUUGCAGAUAAACAACUUGGUAUUGAAACCCAUCUUCUACUCAGGUCCAGGUCAGAGAACCUUUCUGAGACUGGUUGUCAUGGGAACAUGUUAUUUAACAGUUUGAUGGGUGCAUCCAUGUACUUGGUUCCCAUAAAAGCUCAAGAGAAGACCGACCUUGAGCCAAGAAUGCAGCGGCUUGCCCAUAGACUGCAGUAA